UUAAUUGUAUUUGAUACAUGUCUGCUGUUCAAGUUUACGUUUAGCCAAAAGCUUAAAAUGACUGAAGAGUGUCAAAUCUCGAGUGUGGUACUUCUCUGAGAUUCUUUAACAAUUUCUCAUCCUUUAGCAUAAAAGUGGACUUUGGGACUUAGAAUCGUAGUUUUUCAUUCAAUAUGUUCUAUAUGCAUGUGCAAAAAACAAGCAGCAUUUGUCAGAAAGCAUUGUUGAGUUUUGUGGGAUAAACGAUAUGCGAUGUACUCUUGCGUUAAAGCUGAUAUCGUUCCUAUAUUUGUUUUUCGAAUUAUAAAAUAAUCUUUCUAAUGGCUUUUGCAAGAUUCAUAUUUCCGAUUAUUUUAGCUGCGACAAAAAGUAGUGAAAUAGCACCGGCAUUUUAUGGUUUAGAACGCCCGGCACUAGAAUAUGAAUUACCACCUUUGUGGUACACUUUUGAUGAACUAGAACCAUAUAUUGACGAAGCAACGGCAAAAACUCAUUAUUUUGAAUUCCAUGCUAAGUACAUUGAUGAGGUGAACAAUGCAUUAAAACGCUGGCGUAGAAACACUAUUAAGGGAAAACAUGCAUCAAGGUUGUCAAUUAUUGAUAUACUUCGAAAUGUGUCCCAUGUCCCUCCUAAAUAUCGAAAAGAUUUUAAAAAUUAUGGAAGUGGUUUUGUUAAUCACAAUUUAUAUUGGGCUACAAUAUCUCCAAAUCCCUCAGGUGAACUCAGGCUACCUACUGGUCAAAUUGCUCAGAAGAUAAAUGAGAAAUUUGGAUCAUUUCAAGAAUUCAAGUCGACGUUUACCGACAUGGCAUCAAAUCACUUUGGCUCGGGUUUUGUAUGGCUUUGCAGGAACUAUAGUACUGUGGAGAGUUCUGGAGAUUUGGUGAUAACAGUAGCAAAUAAUGAAGAUUCACCAUUAAGUUCUGGUCUUUUCCCUAUCCUUGGAAUAGAUAUAUGGGAACAUGCUUAUAUUAUGAAGCUACAUAAUCAUAAAUCAAAGUAUAUUGAAAAUUGGUGGUUUUUAGUAGAUUGGCAACAAGUUAACAGUCUUGCAGACUGGUGGAUUGGACUAAAGUUUCAUGAUGAAUUAUGAAAGUGUAAAACUAUGCCUUGUAUCAAUGUUUCUUAAGAUGUAUAAACCUAUGCCUUGUAUCAAUGUUUCUUAAGAUGUGUAAAAAAUACAUUCAUUUUAAUUUUAAAAUGGUGAUUUUUUAGUAAUAAUUAAUAUAAUAAUUGUCAAGAAUAACAAAAAAAAUCAGUUAAUUUUUUGUUCAGUUUAUUUUAACUUGUUUGUAUGAAAUUAAUAUGUUAAUGAUUAAAGCUAUAUUUCUGCUGGCUAAAUGUACAGUUUAAGGAGCAAAUGAAAAGUUUUCUUAAUUUCUUCACAGCCUCAUUUCUCAGAAAGAAGUGCUUUGAAACAUGUGCUGUUAUUAACUGUUAUGGUCUUCCCUGUAAAAAAGUAUGUUUUGCUUUCCAAAUAUGCUGGGCUGUAUAAUUCCUUCCUCCUCUUGUUCAUUUGUUCUUCCCGCUAGUGAAUUGUAAGAAUGUUUACAACUUGCAUUAGUUUUCUUUCAAUUUAUAUACGUUUUACCAGCGAUAUUGCUUUCCAAAGGGUUUUUUUAGUGCAUUGUAAAGCAACAGAGCCUUUGCAUUUGCAACAAAUUCUCGAUCACUCUAUAUGUUUUAUUUGGUUAAUAUUUAAAAAAGAUCACCACUUUGUGAUUACACCAAACUUUAUAAGCACAUAUGUAUUUGCAGUGACAGUACAAUUCCUUUUCAAAAUUUCGUGUAGGUAUUUUAUGUUUAAAGUAAUGUUCUCAAAUAUUUUUCUUUAAUGGUUGAACUAACCAUCACAAAAUUUUAAUCUUUUCUGUAUCACAGUGGUCACAGAUUGGCAGCCUGUGGGCCGCAUGACACCUCCAAAGCAAUUUUAUAUGGCCCAUGAAGACAAUUCAAUUAUGAAUUUGUUUAAAUACAAUGUUACAAAGUUUCAAGAUUUUAAUUAUUUAAAAGUAUGAGUUAAUAUUACUAUUAAAAAUUAACUAUUAAAAAUUAACGUGAAUAAGGCAUCUAAAAAUCUUAAUGGUGUUAACUAAUUUACAGUGUGAUAUAAAUCUCAUUCAAAGAUUUAGCGAUACAGAUUUUAUUAACUUUUAUUUAUACUUGUUCCCAAAAUAAAUAAUUAACAAUAGUAAUGUAAGUUAAUUAAGUUAUGAAUUAACAGUAAUAAUAUAAGUUAUGAAUUUUUGCACUGAGAAGAGUCUCUUUGUUCAGAAAUACAUUCGUAUGUGAACAGCUCUUUUUCACAGUUGAAAAUUAAUUAAAAAAAAAAAAAAAAAAGACUGAUGAACAUCUACAAUUCAUGAUGAAAAUAUUUCUAGUAAUUUUUCUUCUAUGCUACAAGCUUUAUUAAAAUCAAAAUGCCAUGAAGUGUCAAGCUGCAGCAAGAAAUAAAGUUUAUAAUUUUUUAUGUGCAAA